AUGGAAUUGCAGGAGAUGUUUCGUUACGGAUACAUGUUCCCACCCAGAGAAGACGAAGUCGUGUCCUGCACGUACCUGGAUUUACCCAGCUACCCCUAUUCGAAGAGCAAAUCCGACCUGCCACCAGUAAGCACUAUCACCAUACCCCAGUGCAUCGUGUACGACGGGAACCGCAGCGAUGGCUGGCACACGCCUAGCCCAACAGCUAGCUUGCGAUCUGUCAGCCCAGCCACAACUUUAUCUAUAUCAUCCGAGCCUGACACGAUCAGCACUCCAGUUACCUAUCGUUUGUUAGGCUCGAUGGACGAACUGAACAAGAGGUACACCGGUAAAAGGAGCCUGACAACGAUCAACAGCGAGGCAACCCAACACGCUAUGAACAUGAUAGACCUGACAGAGGAAGUGAACAGUAUGGACGCAGAUACCGAUGGAACGAUCGACGCAGAGGUUGAGACUGAGCACGAGAAGGCGCAGUCGUCCAGAGGUAGUGUCAUCAGCAAUGCCAGCAGCUUCUCGGACAGGAUCGUGGACGGUGACAGCGAGGAUGACGCCGAGAUGAGCGACAGUCCCGAUCACAUUGGGUCAGGGAUCGAUGGGUCGGGAAGCAAUCGUAACGUCGUCAGACGGAGAGGUAAAUACGUUAGCUCGACGAUCGUGAGGAAAAGAAGACUGGCGGCCAACGCGAGGGAACGACGAAGAAUGCAGAACCUGAACAAGGCGUUCGAUAGAUUGAGGGCCUAUCUUCCGUCUUUGGGUAACGACAGGCAGCUCUCCAAGUACGAGACCCUUCAAAUGGCGCAGUCUUACAUCACGGCUUUGUACGAUCUGUUGCAAUAA